CGAUCGCAGUGUGGCCGCUCGGUGCCGCACAGCGCUGGUGUGUGUGUACAACGGGAGCGCCAGUCAGUUGUUCUCGGAAUUUGUUGUGCGAAGGCAAGAGGAGCGCACAAUUAACGUACAGGCAGCAUAGCAGGCAACAUUGCCGGAAUCGACGGGAAUAAGCCUACUGUGCGUAUGUGAGUUUCCUUCAAUGUUUUAGAGUAGGCGCGCGCGCGUGCGUAUGUGUGUGUGUGUGUGUGCUUACACCCUCCGCAACAGUGUGAGAGAACGCGAGUGUGUGUUUGUGUGUGUGUGGGAGGGGGUCGUCCUGCAGUCAGCUGGAGGAUCCCGCCGUAUCAUCUACUCAGAACUUACGAGAUUUUAGAGGGAGAUAAAGAGAGAGAGAGAAAGGUUUGUUGUGUGUGCUAGAGAAAGACACACACAGUAAAGGAGGGUAUUGUCCCUUCCCCCCGCCACCGUGUGUGUGUGUAUGUGCUGCUGAAAAAGGUUUCCCGAUUUGUAUUUGAAUCCUCUUUCGCCUCUCUCAGAACUCGUUCCAAAACAGACACGAUGAGUGAACAAUUCACGCUCGACCACGAGCGGGCCGCCAUGGCCACAGAGAUGUUUCUGCAUUUCUGUGCCGCCACCACAAUGAAGCAGAUCCGGGGCCUGUACUGGAACAUGCUAGACACGAUCGGGCUGCGGCCCGGACCGUUGGAAGAAUUCUACCCCAAGAUGAAGGCGGCCAUCCGGGACUGGCGGGCGCAGGCACUGUUCAAGAAGUUUGAUGCCCGCGCCGCCCACAAGGUAUACUGUAAAGGCCGAGCGGCGAGCAAAACGCGCGUCCUGAUCGUCGGUGCCGGCCCGUGCGGUUUGCGCACCGCCAUCGAUGCCCAGCUUCUCGGUGCCAAAGUGGUGGUGGUGGAAAAGCGCGACAGAAUCAGCCGCAACAACGUGCUGCACCUGUGGCCGUUCAUCAUACACGACCUGAAGGCGCUCGGGGCGAAAAAGUUCUACGGCAAGUUCUGUGCCGGCUCGAUCGACCACAUCUCGAUCCGGCAGCUGCAGUGCAUCCUGCUGAAGGUCGCCCUGCUGCUCGGCGUCGAGAUGCACGAGGGCGUCUCGUUCGUGAAGGAGAUCGAGCCGGGCGACGGGUACGGGUGGCGGGCGUCCGUCUCGCCGGAGGACCACGCGGUGUCGCACUACGAGUUCGACGUGCUGAUCGGCGCGGACGGCAAGCGCAACACGCUCGAGGGCUUCCAGCGCAAGGAGUUCCGGGGCAAGCUGGCGAUCGCGAUCACGGCCAACUUCAUCAACAAGCGCACCGAGGCGGAAGCGAUGGUGGAGGAGAUCAGUGGCGUCGCGUUCAUCUUCGACCAGCCGUUCUUCAAGGCGCUGUACGAGAAGACGGGCUGCGAUCUGGAGAACAUCGUCUACUACAAGGACGACACGCACUACUUCGUGAUGACGGCGAAGAAGCACAGCCUGCUGCACCGGGGCGUCAUCAUCAAGGAUCUGAGCGACCCGGCCGAGCUGCUCGCCCCGUCCAACGUGGACAAGCCGAAGCUGUACGAGUAUGCGCGCGAUGCGGCCAACUUCGCGACCAAGUACCAGAUGCCGAACCUCGAGUUUGCGGUCAACCAUUACGGUACGCCGGACGUGGCCGUGUUCGACUUUACGUCCAUCUUUGCCGCGCACAACUCGUGCAAGGUGACGGUGCGCAAGAACUACCGGCUGCUGUCCUGUCUGGUCGGCGACAGCCUGCUGGAACCGUUCUGGCCGACCGGGUCGGGAUGCGCGCGCGGCUUCCUGUCCAGCAUGGACGCGGCGUACGCGAUCAAGCUGUUCGCGAACCCGAAGAACAGCCUGCUGGCGACGAUCGCGCAGCGCGAAUCGGUGUACCGGCUGCUCGGGCAGACGACGCCGGAAAAUUUGAACCGCGCGUUCGGCGCGUACACGCUCGACCCCUCGACGCGCUACAAAAACCUCAACAAAGCGUCCGUCCAGAUCGGGCAGGUCAAGCAUCUGCUCGACACGGACGAUCCGGCCCUGCUGGAGCAGACGUUCUUCGACACGAACGCGAUCGCGUCGGCGGUGUCGCCCGCGACCGAGCUGCCGGCGAAGCGCAAGCGGCGCACGGUCGACGUGGUGCCGCUCGGCGCCACGCUGCUGCGCUGGCUGAAGGCGCAGCUCAAGGACAGCGGGUUCGUGCAGGAGCUGGCCGAGCCGGCCGAGUGCUUCACCAACGGCAAGGUGCUCUGCACGCUCAUCCACCGCUACCGGCCCGAUCUGGUCAACCUGGAGGAGCUGGCCGACUUCAGCGCGGACGUGUGCAACGAGCACGCGUUCAACAUUUUCGAAAACCAGCUGGGCAUACCGCGCGUCAUGUCCGGCCAGGAAUCGGUCACGCUGGCCGGCGUCGAGCCGAAGGUGUGGCUCAACUAUCUCGAGCAGGUGUGCGACGUGUUCCGGGGCGAGGUGCCGCACGUCAAGCACAUCAAGCUCGACUACGCCGAGUUCAAGCAGAAGCAGGAAACGAACGUGGAGGCCUGGUCGAAGCUGGGCCGCAUGGCGGCCGUCCAGCGGAUGGCGGCGCUCGCCAGCGGCGUCCACCCGGCCGACAAGGACGGCGAGCUGCUGCACCGCGGAACCAAGGGCGACUGCAUCGUGCCGGUCGCGACCGCAUCCGGCCCGUACGGCGGUGGGGCUAACGCCGGUGCCGCCGCCGCCGCCGCCCGCCCCAACGCCAAGAACUACUACCACCCGAACGCGGAGGAGGAGCGGUACAAGCGGGGUGUGGGUGGGGUCGCAUCGCCGCAGAACGUAACGAUGCGGCGCAUGCGCAAGCGGCGCAGCAACGAAAAGUCCGGCAAUAUCGAGGAGCGCACCCGCCGUUUGCAGGAGAUCGAGGCGAACCGGCAGGACCGCCAGUCGAAGCGGCGCGAGCAGCGGGCCCAGCAAACGCAAAACUUCUACAAGAGCAUCCACAUGCUGCAGGCGAACACGCUGCUGCGCGAGAGCGACAAUGCUGGCGCGUUCGAGGACUACUCGCUCUACCUGUACCGCCAGUCAGCGCCGGUGUUUACGGACCGUGUCCGCGAGCUCGAGCUGAAGCUGCGCUACCCCGACCGUGAUCGGGGUCUAGCGGCAGCAUAUCCGCGCGGGCUGGCCGACGCCAGCGCCGAUCAGUUCAGCGAUCGCGUCCGCUCGAUGGAGCAGCGCAUCGACGGCAAGACGGUGCCGGUGGUGGAGAAAAAGCCGAAGGAUCUGCUGCGCGCGAUCGGCAAGAUCGACAGCAGCGACUGGAACGUGAAGGAGAUCGAGCGCAAGAUCGAGCAGUCGAAGAAGACGACCGACAUCGGCAAGAGCCGCGAGCGGGUGCCGAACUGGAACCGGGAGCAGUUCCUGGCGCGCCAGAACCGGCUGAUGCAGCCGCAGGACGACGAGAAGUAUCGCGAGAUCGACAGCUCGCUGAAGGCGAUCGACAAGCAGCUGAAAGAGGGCCACAAUCUCGACCUGGGCGAGCGGGGCAAGAACAAGGUCGCGCUGAUUGCGGGACAGCUGCAGACGUCCAACAAGCCGGGCAAGCAGCAGCAGCAGCAACAGCAGCAGCAGCAGCAACAGUCCGCUCAGCAGGCACCAAAAUCGAACCAGAAGGCACUGGUGCUGACCGCGAGCGGUGUGGCGGAAAAGUGUCACUACUGCAAGCAGCGCGUCUACCUGAUGGAGAAGAUCUCCGCCGAAGGGUUGACGCUGCACCGGUCCUGCCUGAAGUGUCACCACUGCCACACGAUCCUGCGCCUCGGCGCGUACGCGUUCGACCGGGACGACCCGGAGGGCCGGUUCUACUGCACGCCCCACUUCAAGCUGCCCGCCAAAACGCUCAAACCGCCGGCGGGCAAAGCGAAGGGACGGGCUGGGGCGGCGGCUGCCGCUGUCGCUCCCGUCAUUGGCCGCGUGUACGAUGCGAGCGAUGCGGGUGGCGGUGGCGGCUUGGUGGUACGGUGCGGCCCGAUCGGUACCGCCGGUGGUACUGCCGGCGGGUCCGCGGGCGAGACGGGCGGCGUCGGUGCGUCCACGGUCGACUAUCUGGCGCGCAACCGGACGCCCGACAACGACGACUCGGACGGCGACCCGAACAUGGAGGUGAUCGACGAGAACGAGUGGACGGACCGGAACUUCGGCACCGAGUCGGAGGUGUCCGAGGCCGAGCUGUCCAGCACGGACGAGUCGGACACGGACAGCGAGUCGGACUACGAGGAGACGGCGGACUCGCCGCUCGGCGCCCAGACGCUGCAGCUCGCGUCCGAGUGGAUCAGCGACAAGCGCUUCUCGAACCUGGUCGACAGCGACGCCGACUUCUACAGCUACUCGAGCGAAGAUGACGAUGCGGACUCCCAGACCGAAGGGGAAGAGCUGGCGCGGGCGCGCGAGAUGCGCCGCCAGGAGGUGAAGCUGAUGCCACCGCCCACCCUGCCGACCGAUACGGAAACGGAGAAGUGUCAGGUCGUCACCGUGCAGCAGGCAACCGUGGGCAAGGCUGCCCCAGCCCCGACCGGACCGGUGGAAAGUGCCGAGGAUCGUGCCAUCAAGGAGCGCAUGCUGCAGAAGCUGAGCGUGCGGGAGCAGUGGCUGCACGCGCAGCAGGGUGGUGCCGACCAGGCGCAGCCGCAACAACCGACCGGCCAGCAGACCGGUGCAGCAACCGGUGGUAGCGCGACCGAUUCGGCCAAAGUCAAAAGUACCUCCUUUUUCGGCGGCCUCAUGAACAGCCUAACCACACUCAUCAAACCGAAAUCACAAAUCUCACCACCAACAGCAAGCACCACCACAACACCAUCCCCACCACCACUACAACAACAACAACAGCAGGCGCCAUCACCACAGCAUUCGCCUCCAUUACGCUCGUCAUCCGCUUCCAUAUCGAUGCGACAGCCCGUCGCCACUAAUACAGCCUCACCGCAGCAGUCGUCACCGCAGCUUGCCCGCCCAGCCCCCGUUGUUCCACCGUCUCCGCGGGCGGUGGUAAAGAGUCAGACCGCCGCAGCGAUGCCGCCAGCCUCGCCGACCCCUUCGCACAAGAAGCUGGCCGGCCGCAGGCACAGCAAACCGGACGGCGGGUCGCCCCACAGCCAGCGGUCCACCGGCAACAGCCGCCGGUCGAGCCUGGCCCGGGAGGCGGCGGGCGACCCCGAGCCGGACGAGUUUCUCGCCCAGCUGAAGCAGGAGCAGCUCGAGGCGGAAAAGCGCUCCAAGCGGCAGGAGGCGAAAAAGUUCCAGAGCAACAUGCAGUCGAUCCGGUCCGCGGUGGACGGCGGCCCGAAGGUGGUCGGCGUCAAGAGCGAGCAGGACGUGGCCAAGUUCUUCGCGGAGAAGCAGAAGGCGCAGCAGCAGCCCCGCAAGCAGCUCCCGAACAAGGACGUUGCCGCGCUGCAGCAGGGCAACGGGCUGGCCCGGUACUUCCCGGGCGGGGCCGGCAAGUCAACCGGCACCACACCGUCGUCCGUCUCGAGCGUGGAAGGAUCGCCGGCCCUCGGGCGCAAGAAGCCGAGCGAUGUCGAUCUGGCCAAAUACUUUGGCGCAAAGGCCCCAGCGGGGACGCCACCGUCCUCGUCCGUCGUGUCGCCGGCCAUCUCGCGCAAGAGCAGCAUCGAAUCGCCCGGCCCGGUGCGGAAGCUGGCGCUCGGUGGGGGGGCCGUGCUGCCCCCGAAGCCGCCGGUUGUACCACUGCCGCCCAAGAAGAACAUACUCGCCUUCCAGCCGAUACGCAAGUCGAAAACGGAGGCGGCCCUACCGGCGUCCCAGCCGAAGGUGGCGAACGGUGCCGCUGUGAAGCCGCCGAAGCCGACCGAAUCGCCUGUGGUGCGCCGCAAGGAGGAGCCGGCCGCUGCCCAGAAGCAGCAGGAGCAACCGAUCGAUCCGGACGAGCAGCUGUUCGAGGCGCUGCUGCAGGACGUAAACGACGAGCUGGUCGACACGUUCGAGGCGAUCGUGGAGGAGUCGCGGUCGAACAAAUCGAGCCCGAAGCAGACGCGCAAAAACGGCAAAGCGGCCACGGGCCCCACGGCCCGCAAAGAUUCGCCCAAGAAGGCGAAGAAACCGGCGAAGGAGUCGAAGCCGGCUGCGCCGCAGCAGACCGUGCCGAAGCUGACCAUCAAGCGGCCCGCGUUUAAGAUAGCGAUGCCGGUGAAGAUGCAGGAAACGCUCGAGGAGAUCUAUCUCGCCAGCCUGUCCAAGCUGGACACGCGCUCGUCCUCGCUGAUCGAUCUGACCAACCACGGCGCGGAGGAGACGGUGGAGGCAGCGGUGGAAGCGGGCGGCAAGCAGGCAGUAGCAGCAGCAGCAGCAGCAGCGCCCACCGCCCUAGGUAAAGUGGUGGAGGAGGAGCCGCAGGGAGACGGGGAGCGAAGGUCGAGCUCGGGGGGUUCGAGCACCUUUCGUUCCGGCGCCUCCCAGCCCAGCACCGAUGUACUUACUUUGCAGCCCUUUCAGGACCCGCAGCAGAAGAAGCGGAAGCCGCAGCAGGAACAGCCGCCGAAAGCGACGCCCGAGAAAGAAUCGGUGGUGGCGCUCGCAGCGCAGCCACCACCAUCCGCGAAGGCAGCGACGGCGAAGACGAGCGGGACAACAUCGCCGGCAGUGAAGCUGGCGCCUGGAGCGGCGAGAGCGGGCGCAGCAGCGCCCAGUCAGAAGGCUGGCAGCCCGGCGAGCUCGGCAGCAGCAGCAGCAGCAGCAGCAGCAGCAACGACAGCAACUCCAGCACCUCCUCCUUCUGGCACGCCGACCGCAUCGAGGAAGGUGAUUUCUAGCGUGCAGAUCUCGCUGAAACCGUCCGCCGAACCGCCCGAACGUCCGAGCCCGAGCAAGCCGGCCGCGCCGAAGUCGGCGUUCGCCGCCGUCUCGAAGGAUCCGCUGUCGCAAAAAUCCAUCUCCAUGCUCGAGCUGCACCGUGCGCCGACGGUGGAGGAGAAGCAGCAGAGGGUGCGGCAGGAGGAGACGAAGAGGCAGGUGGUGUGCAAUGGGCUUGCGACGCCCCCGACCAAGCGCAAGCAGCAGCAGCAGCAGCAGCAGAGUAAGAAGCAGCAAGAAGUCGCGUCGCCUGAGCAGAAACAACCCGAAAAGAAGGAUGGCAAUAAUCCCACGAAACCAGAGGUGCAGGUGGAGGCGGCGUCGCCACUGCCAGCACAAGCCAACAGUGUCGUUCAGCCGGGCCCGACGCCGCCCCAUACCCGCUGCCGUACGCUUUCCUCCGACGAGCAGUGCUUCGAGGAGCUGCGCAAAAAGCACGAAGCCAUAUUCGCCAACCAGCAGCAGCAGCAGCAGCAGCAGCAGCAGCAGCAGCAGCAACCAAUCACCAAAGCACAGCCAGAGCGAGCGCCCGAACCGCCGAAAACGCUGUCGGACGUGCGCAGCGCGCUGCUCACGGUGCAGCCCGCUGCGCCCGAGCCGGACGAUCGCAUCGAUCCGCACUAUCGCGAGGGCAUCAACCAGCUCGUGAUGGAGCUGAUGCCGGGAGUCGCCCUCGACGAGGACGUGCCGGUGCCGCGCCAGCGCCAGAAGUCCUCCUUCCACAAGGAGCUGCAGAAGCUGCAGCGGGCCAACUCCGCACUAGUUGCGGCUGGUCCUUCGACCACGAUGGAGCCCAAGAUGGAGGUGAUCCGAACGCCGAGCGUUAAGUCGAGCCAGGCGGAGAAGCGGCAGGGCAGCGAGGAGAAGAUGCAAAUUCGGCUCGAGCGCUCGACCCAAAUCAAGGAGCAGUACGUGAAGAAAGGCAGCGCGGUGCUGCCGUCCUCGGUGGUCAGUGCCGCUGGACAGAGCGCCUCCUCGGCAGCGAAGAGCAAAUCCUUCGUCAUGCCGAACGUGCCGGCGGACAUUGAUCGCCAUCGGGGCAUACUGAGCCGCGAUGCGGAGGUGAAGGUGAAGGAGGUUGCUGGCAAGCGGACAGAGGUGGACGAGUUUGAGGAUCUGCUGCAGAAGAUUGGAGACGAUGUGGCGGCGACCGGGGAUAUUGAUCUGGACGAACUUUUGGCAGAGGAGGAGAAGCCGAAACCACCGAAGGCGCCGACAGUGGAGAAGAGGACGGUUGAAAAGAAGGUAGACAACCUGCCGGUAGGUAAUAAGCAGGGUCCGACGAAACAGGAACCAUCUGGUCCAUCUUACAGCAACAGUAAGCGUAGCGUAGAGUCCGCCACCAGCGUCUCCACAGCAGCGAGUAGCUCAGGCUCCACCAAAACCACCGCCAGCCGAGGCAUAUCGGAGGCCAAGCUCAACGAGACAAUCUCCCAGCUCACCGACAAAUUGCAGCAAUCGCGUGCCAAAGCUGCCAAAGAGCAGGACCACUCGAAGGAUGCGUUUGCGGCCCUGUUCAGCGCGACCGACGCCUCCCAGACCGAGCUGGACCUGUUCGAGGAGCUGUGCAAGCGGGAAGAGCCCGAGCCGAAACAGAACCGGUCCGAUCUGGUCGACAGCUCGACGCUCGCCAAACCUGCCGCCGGAGGCACCAUCAUGCCGGACGUGAUCAGCUCGACCAAGAAGCCCGAGCCGAAGCCGCUGCAGAUCCUCGACCACAUGGAAUCGCUCAAGAAGACGGCGGCGAUGCCGCUGGUGCCACCGCCGCAGACGAUCCAGGUCUACACGCUGCACACGAGCGCGGACGGGGAGCAGCCGGUGCAGCCGCAACCGUCCACCCAGGGCAUGUCGGGCGACUACGCCCACAUCCUCAAAGACAUCACGUCCGGGCUGGUCGGUGCGGACUUUGCCGCGCCGGUCGUGUACGAACCGCCGGCACCGGCACGCCGCGACCGCACCGACUUCCAGGCCUACAAGCAGCUGCUGGAGGAGAAGGCAUCGCGCGAGGAACCGAUACCGGUGCCGCCCUCCGGUCCGCCGGAGUCGCAGCCCCAGCGUCCGCUCCGGCGGCAGAAGAAGAUCGACCGCACCGAGACGAGCACCUCGCCCAUCCCGACGGCCGCCCGGGCUGCAGGUCGUGCCGCGUUCGACAACUCGCUCUGCAUCGAUCCGUGGCGGGCGCGCAAAUCCGCCAGCAUCGAGAACGUUGCGAUCGAGCAGGUGUUUGUGAAGCAGAACGAUGCGGUCGUGGACACGUUCUUCGUCGUGCCGGACAGCCGGCAGCGCCAGCCGAGCGCCUCGUCCAAGCUGCGGCGCUCCAAGUCGUACGACCGGUUGGCGGUGCCCGGCAGUGGCCAGCGCAGGAGCUCGCUCAAGCAGAAGCAAUCGCUGGACGAGCUGCGCGACUUCGGGUACGAUGUGGAGCCGUCAGCGCGGUCGCGCCAGCUGGUCGAUCCGCGCCUGCGCCACCUCGAGCUCGAGCUCGGCUCGGACGAGGAGCUGGCGAAUCUGCGCGACCAUCCGGCCCGCCGCUGGCAGACCGAUCGGGCGAACAAGUCCCGCAAGAACCGCUCACUCACGGAUGUGGCGAGGGGAGCAGGGAAGGAGGGGCGCGCGGUGGAGCCGCCGAAGGUGGACAUUGAUCGCGAGUCGCCCCGGCCGCGCACGACCGACUUCUCCAAGUGGGAGGCAAUACUGGACCGGGGCGUCACGUACUACGAGGGGGGCGCGAAGCCGAAGCCGGACGUGAAGGCGCUGGAGAAGCGCAUCGAGGAUCUGGAGGUGCGGCGGGCCCGGCCCCUGCGCCGCAAGGCCAUCCCGAAGGGCUACGAUCCGGACGAGUACGUGCCGCGCAUCAAUCGGCGCGGGGCGGACCUGUACGACUAUCCCGAUCCGACGCUGCCGCGUGACUACGACCCGGAGGAGUACAUCCCGAGGGCGACCCGUGCGGCCCAUGCGGGGGUAGCGUCGCCGCCCGACCAGCCGCUGCCGCGUUCGUACGACCCGGACGAGUACGUCCCGAGAGCGAACCGGCGGGAGGCCGCGUGCUACGAGGUGCCGGUCGCCGUGCAGCGUACGCCGGCCAAGUACUACAAGGAGCCGUACUACCCGGUGGAGGUGGAGAUGCCACCGGCGACCUCCCACUACGGCACUACGGUGCCGCUGGGGCGCUCGAAAACGGCCGGCCACGUGCCGACAAUCACGUUCAGCUCGAGGGAGCUGCCGCGGGACAUCGCCCGCACGCAGUACGCGCGCCGGUACGAUGCCGAGGAUCGGCACAUCGUCGACCGCAGCCAUCGGCUGCACGAGAAGACGAACAAGUUCAUCCGCACGCAGCUGACGCGCAACGACCCGAACCCGUACAUACGCGAGAUGCUCGAGAAUGACAGCGAGGAGGAGUACUCGCACCACCAUCACCAUCCGACGGCUAGCGGCGUCGGCGGCGGCUACCAUCAUCCGCGCUCGGCCGCACUGGGCUACGGGACUGCGGGCUCGUCGUACGGCAACUCGGGCGCGGCCGCCAUGAGCCGCAUCCAGACGAAGGCCAUCACGCAGCCGUCCCGGAUGCUGCAGUACGGUGGGCGCAAGGACUAUCCGACCACUACUACUGCUUCCGGGUCCGUUGGUGGAGGCGGUCGGUCGGUCGCGUCCAGCAGCUACGACCAUCGGCGACGUGGAGCAGGCGAUACGUCGCGCACGCGCGACAACUGCAACAUUUCCGAUCAGACCAACACGACCAAGUUCCUCUACCCUGUCGAGUGCAGCCUGUGUGCUCAACCCAUCCUCAUCUCUGUGCUCAUCUACCUGUGCACCAUCCAGCGUGUUUCUGUUUCUUCGUACGUGUUCGGUGCUUCCAACUCGGAGGUAAACUCGACGGAAAUAUCGACCGACUCGGAGUUUGACGACGAGCAGCCGCAGCGGGUGCCGCCCUCGUUCCACCUGGAGUUUAAGCCGCUGGUCGAGGUCGACCCGACGAUCAAGCUCGUGCAGAACCGGGCGCCGCUGGCCGUGCCGCGGCCGGGCGACUACGUCCUGAGCAAGACGGCCAGCACCGAGGGCAUCGCGUCCAAGAAGAGCCUCGAGCUGAAGAAGAAGUACCUGCUCGGCGAGGGCACGACCGGGCUGGGCAUCCUCAAGUCCGGCUCGGCCUCGGCGCUCGACUCCAAGUUUAAAACGUUCCACUCGAACAUUACCGAGUGCCAGAAGCUGCUCAACCCGGCGGCGGCGGUACAGGUCAGUCCGACGCUGCAGCCGUUCCUGAAGGCGAGUGCGCCGGCGGCGCCGGUGCCAGUAACGCCGGUAGCGCCCGGCCCAACCGAGUCGGCCAACGACACGGAGAAGGAGAACGUGUACGAGGGCAAGCGGUCCGGCAAUGGGCAACCGAACGUGGUGGGAAGCGUGGGGGCCGGCGCUGCCAACAAGCGCUCCUCGCUGGUGGAAACGAUCAACACCACGCUGGUGGAGAACAAGCUGAACGAGAUCAAGUCGAGCGAGUGCUUCCCGGCCCUGCCGCCCAAGGAGGAGCCGCCGGAGCAGCCGCCGGUGACGUCACCGGCCCAGAACGGGUCGCCGGCAAAGCCGAGCGAGAGCAAUGGUCACCUGGACCAUGCCGCCAAGCUGAAAAACAGCAUCAACAACAACAACAACCACAGCAGCAACGGCACACAGAACAACAACAACCACCACCACCACACACCCGUCAACAACAAGGCCAACAACCACAACAACAAUAACAACAAUGGCGAAGAGGAGGAGGAGGUGGAGGUGAUCGAAAUCAUCGACAUAGUGACGCCGGAAAAGGGGAAGGCGACGACGGCGUCCCCGACCCAUCGCGAGGUGGCAUCCUCCGGGGCGACCCACGAGCCGAUCGCCGGUCCGGAGCGGAAGUACAUCGGUGCGCUGAAGCACGCGUACAUCGACCUGACGACCGAUUCGCCCAACUGUGACCGGUCGCUGGUGGAGACGACGCUCGAUUUCAGCAUCGCGCCCUCGAAGGUGGCUGGCGGCGGGGCUGGUGCUAUCGGCCCCGAGCGCCCCACCAACUCAAAUGCCAUGCCGGACCCGGCGUCGGGCAACGCACGGAACGACAGCAACGACAACACGAUCGAGCAGACGGCGAACGGCGGCUUGGCGGAGCGGCAGCCCCCGAAAGAGCAGCAGAGAGCGGUGGAGGAGGAAAGGGAGCAGGAGGAGGGAUGCCACGAGACGACGCUGCAGGUGCCGCUGGACGUGCCCUGGACCAAGCAGGAGGAGAUCGAGUCGGACAGCAUCUCCGAGUCGGGCUCGAACAGCAGCGGCAUCAGCAGUUCGAGCAGCUCGAGCAGCAGCUCGAGCAGCAGCACGUCGAGCGUGGAGGACAUACCGCACUUCAUACUCGACUCGACCACCAGCCCGGAGACGCAGCACGGGGACGAGCGGUUCGUGCCGCGACUCGAGGUGCGCGACGCAACGGGCGAGCUGAUGCAGAUCGACAGCCUGAUGAUCAUCGACGGCCGGUACAUAGGCGAUCCGGAGGACCUGAAGCUGAUGGAGCGGCUGCCGCCCGACACGCAGAUAGCGGCCCAGCUGCUGCAGGCCGAGAUGAACCAGGACAGCAUCAGCACGGUGGUGGAGAGUGCACCGGAGCACCCGGGGCAGGCGGAACGCAACGCCGACGAGCAGGUAGUACCAGCUGAAGAGGAGGAGGAGGAGGAGGAGCGUGCUAGCACACCGACACCGCCACCUGCCAAGCCGGAGGAGCCUGUGGCGGAGGAUCAAGCCGCCACCACCACCAAGGCUCCGUCUCUCUCUAACUUUGUCUCGCAGCGGACCGGCGGCUUCCGGUUCGAUUCGCUGCACGAGCACAAGCUCGACACGCUCAAGAACCUGCCGUUCGUGCUGGAGGCGCAGCGCAGCGCCGUGCCGCCGAAGCCGACCCAUCUCAGCCUGGCGGAGCCCAGGCCGCCCGAGAGCGAAACGGACGCGGAGCAGACGCCGAUGGCGGGCGAAAUGCUGCCGCCGCUGGUGGCCGUCGCCGCCACCCAGGACCCGGACUCGGACUCGCCGGACGACACGGAGGUGACGACGCAGAACAACCUCACCGAGACGGAGCUGUCCGACUGGGCGGCCGACGACGCCGUCUCGGAGAACUUUGUCGAUCUGGAGUUUGGGCUCGGGGCGGGCAGGGGCGCUACGGUGCGCCGCAACCAAAAGCCGAAGCAUCUGCGGCUGCCGGCCAAGCGCGACGGCGGGCCGAACGCAAGGGGGGCGGUGCUUCCACUGGCCGCCACUGCCCCGCUCGCGACCGAGGACGGCAUCAUACGGAAUCUGGCGCUGGAGGACAUCGAGUUCAUGGACACCGGCUCGGAGGAGGAAAGCUGCAUCGAGACGUACGCCACCACCAACCGGAUGGUGGUGAAGAACCGCGGCUACAUGGAGAUAAUGGAUCCGGCGGUGGAGGCCCAGCGGACGGUGUACCACCCGCCGCCGCCGGUGUACGGGUCCGCGGCACCGCUGGUCGAGGCGAUCAACAGCCAGGUUGCGGGCCGGCAGCUCGACUACAUCGAGCAGGGCGCGUACCUGCUCGCGGCGGACGACGCCAAGACGCCGAUGAACGAGGAGCCGCCCGGGAAGGGCACGUUCCCCGGGCUGCGGCUGGACGCCGACAUCGAGGAGGACAGCCUGCUGCUGGUCAGCUCGUCGCAGGGCACGGGCACGGCCACGGACAGCACGUACGGGGACAGCGACGCCACCACGAUCGUGGGACCGGCGCACUUGGAAGCCGGCGGCCGCCCCCUCGCCGGUGGUGCGGCCGUCGCAAGCCCGAAACCGUCGUCCGGCAGCAGUGGCCGGGGCAGUGCCGGCGGCGAUGUACAGGAGGAGCAGCAGGACGAGCAGGAGGAGCAGGGGGACGGUCCGGUACGGAAGAUCUCGGUCGAGUCGCUGUCCGGCAAGCGGAGCAGCCUGGAGCGGAAGGACGUGCGGCGCGACUCGCUCAAAAGCAUCGAGGACAUCGGGUACGAGAAGUACGUGAAGCGGCUGCAGCAGAAGAUCCAGCAGAUCAGCAAAGCGCGCGACUCGCUCGAGGUGAUGAAGAGCGCGAAGCGCAAAUCGCCCAAGGCUGACGGGUCGAUGGUGGCGCUGCCCCUGUCCGAGGCGGCGCCGCCCGCGACAGCAGAGAGUGUGCCCGGCGCGUCACCGAAGGCAGACCAGCCGCAGCAGCAGCAGCAGCAGCAGCAGUCGCCACAAUCGCCGGCACCAGCCGGCACGCCCGAGCCGCCCAAGAGCGUGGAGAAGAAAAUCGAGGAGAUCGCGAAGGAGCGCGUGAAGCAGAAGGAUCUCAUACACGAUCUAGUCAUGGACAAGCUGCAGACGAAGAAGCAGCUGAAUGCGGAAAAGCGCCUCAACCGCAGCCGCAACCGCAGCAACGCGCUGGGCGGCCAGCAGUCCGCCGGUGUCGCCGACGUGCCGCCCGCGGUGGACGGCGCGUCGCCCGCCCGGGCAGCCGCCAUCCCGUUGAACGGUGGGCCGGCCGCACCGGUCACGCCCGUAGCGCUCGCAACGCCCCGUGCCGGUGGCGAUGCGGCCCCCACGACGGGCCAGCUGCGCGAGGAGGCCCGCUCCCGGGCACGCCUGAAAUCUAACCAAGAUUUGGGACUGUCGCCCGAGGACCAGGUGCUGCUGCUGCGCAAAAAGUAUCACCUCACGAUGCGCGCCCUCACCAACACCACCACCGACGACGAUGACGACGCGAACAACCGGGCCGAGCCGAACAAAUCCGACGACGCCAAGUGCAAGGAUCAGCAGCAGCAGCAACACCAUCGCACGAAGCUCAUCACCUCGAAAAGCGUCAACGAUGUGUCGAUGCUGAAGCAGCAGCAACAGCACCACCACCACCACCAUCACCAUUACAACCAGGCGGCCCUUGCACACCGCCACCAUCAUCACCUGCCCCACCAGCACAGCCAGCAGCCGAGCUAUCGGAUCACGAGCGCCGGGCUCGGCGCGGCGACCGGCGAGCUGGCCGACCCGCCGGCGCUGCCCCACAAGCUCACCGACUACAUCUCCGACCCGAACCUGGUGCACAGCGGGGCGACCGAGCCGGACAGCGAGGUGCGGGUGCGGGGCGCCGCCACCAAGCGCGGCAAGGAUCGGGAGCGCCGCAAGAGCAUCAUCGAGAAGGUGUCGGAGUUUUUCAACGGGCGCAAAAAACCAACCGCGGCGGACGGCGCCGGUGGCAGCAAGGAGGCGUCCCCGACCAAGGACCGGCCCCCGAGCAAUCUGCUCGCGGUCAACGGCCAGCCGGAACCGGUGAACGGUGGCGGCAGCACCAGCCCCUCGUCCGGCGGGGGCUUUUUGCGGUUCAAAAUUUCCCCCAAGCUGAAGGACAAAUCCAAGUCAUGCUUUGAUAUGAGAAGCAUUAGUUGUGGUACGAAGGAAAGCUCUCCCUACGGUGCCCGGUGUGCCUCCGACGACUGCCUUAACACGAACGGUGCGGCGGCGGCGGGUUCGCCCACCAUCACAACGCCCGAUGCUGCCGGCCCGAAUCAUCAUCACCACAACAGCUACACGCCGAUCGGGCGCAAGGAGGCGGAAGAGCUGGAACCACCGCCCAUCCCUCCGCUGCCCCUCAACUACGAGCGUUCGGACGACGAAGCAGCAGGUGCGGCCAACGAAUCGAAAAACGAAAUCAAGAAAAUACGUGCAAUGUCGAAAACAUCGAGGCAAGCGGAAUUGAAAAGACUGAGAAUUGCUCAAGAGAUACAACGAGAACAGGCCGAGAUAGACGUCAAGAUCAAGGAUCUGGAGACGCGCGGCGUCGCGAUCGAGAAGGAGCUGCGGGGCGAAAGUGAGGCGCUGCGGCAGCACGGGCCCGCCGCCAAUCUCGGCGCGAACGACGAGGGGCUGGUGAAGGAGUGGCUGGACAUCAUGAGCAGCAUCACGCGGCUGAAGGUGCGGGACGACGAGCUGAGCAUACGGCAGCAGGAGCUGCAGCUCGAGCAUCGGCACGCCCAGCUGAAGGAGGAGCUCAACAUGCGGUUGUCAUACGGCAAGCUAGAUAAGAACUCUUCCGACGUGGCGGCCGAGGGCGCUAUACUGAACGAGAUGCUCGAGAUCGUGGCGAAGCGGCAGUCGCUCAGACCGUCGCCCGACACCAAGGCGACCGCGGCGGCGGUCGCCGCCGUUGCGGCCGGUGCCGCCAGCAGCCCCUUCGCCAACCCGACCGGCCGGAAGCCGAACGAUACCGACAUAUAAAUUACCAUCCAAACGGCACCGUGGGGCGUGUAUUUGAACGGAACAGCGGGGGAAAGAUUUCGGUUCGAAUUGUUUGAACGGGGGUUACUUCGUGCGGCCGGCAAACCCCUUUGAAAAGCAUGCAAAUGGUGCAGCACACGGCGCGAUCAUCAGUGCAUCAUCAUCCUCUCCUGCCAACGAUUUUCUCUGGUGCUUACGGUGUACAAGAUGCGGCGUUUUUUUUUACGUUACUCCAGCGCGCAAACAAGUCAAGCUUCUUAUAUAUAUAUAUAUUUUUGUGUACAUUUGUAAACUUAUUAAUGCAUUAUACGUUAAGGCGGAGCAUGGCGGAGAGAUAGGAGGAUAGCAGUGCGCAAAAGGAAGCAGACGACGAACAAACAAGAAGAUACAAAACAAGCUAAUGCAAAAAUAGUGUCCAAGAGUCGUGCAGACGAAAACAGGGAAAGGUGUGUUGCUGUGAUGAGGAACAGGAGGAAGGAACAAAAAACAAAAGAAAAACGCAUAUAUAUAUAGGGCAUAGUAUACAGGAAACAAAACAGAAAUGCAAAACAAAUCACUCGCAAGCGAUAGGAGUGGAUAGGGAUGACAGGGGAUACCGCACAAUUACACUUACAGGGUUUGCUGGGGAUUCUCUUAGUUGUGGGACACUUGUUUGUCUGUAUCUUAUUGGAAGUGAAACUUAUAUGAUGGGAAUUGGACUGUAUAGCAACCUUAUUAGGCAGGCUCCUUGGAAAUUCCUAUUAGAUUUGUCCAACAGAAAGUAUUUUCCCGUAAGAAAGAGUUAAUAUAGUGUCACACAACUAUGAGAACUCCUGGAAAACUCUGUAUUGUGUGUGUGUGUUUGCGCGAGACAGUAGUAGCCGUGUGUAGUGUUCAGGGUUUGUUUUUAGUGUUUCGUUUUGUUUUUAUCUGCUUUUCUUCAGUUUUCUUGUAAGCUUGUUUUUUUCGAAUUUUGUUCGCUUUUAAAAGCCUGUUUUGUUUAUUACUGAAUUUACAGUACACUUCAAACACUUGCAAUGCGCAAUUAGCCAAGGUUAGACUGUUUCUUUUCUUUCUUUCGUUUUUUUUUUUUUUUUUUGGUUGUUGCUAGCUAGUUCUUUACCAGUUUUCAAGCGUGUCCCCAUGACGUCAUCAAGCUUUAUCUUUUUGAGUGUGUGCUACAGUGCAGUUUGACGGUUGGACUGACAGGCAGGCAGGCGUAUCAUGAACAAGUAGUGUGUAUCAGCAUCCGCCGCGGUCGUCGUAACUAUUUAUUUAAACUGUAGAGUUAAAGUUUUUUGUUUGUUUGUUUCGUUCGUUUUGUUCGAGAUUAUUGUUUGAGAAUAUACACAAAACAAAAAUAAGAACUGUGCGGGAAAUGGAUGGCCAACGUGUGAUGAGUAAUGUGUAUGUGCGUGUGUGUGUGUGCUUCGCACUGUGAGAAAGAAAAUGUCUGUCAAUGUGCACUAAGCUUGAAAACAGUUUUGAAAACAGUACGUUACACUAGUUGCAAACAUGUUUGAAAAAGAAAAAAAACAAUUCUUCAUCCCGUGCAUUCAGUAUUACGAACACAAGCAAACACACACAUACCCAUACAUUGCACAGUUUCACGCCCUCCCAAAAAAACCCUUCCACCUCGGCAAACGAAACAACUCAAUUAUGUUUAUGUUGUAAAAACAUGAAACGACCUCAAACAUCCUAUAGAGAGAUAGAGGAAGGUGCUUCGCGAAAAAAAAACACACAAUUCGGGAGAUAAUGACAGGGAAUACAGCUGUGUAUGUGUUGCGUAAUUUAAUAGCAUGUAAAAAAAACAGGAGGAGGAAAACAAACCCAUCCAGUGAGCGAGCGAGGAAUGUUUUCUUUUCCGGGAAAAUAUUUAAAAAAAAAAAAACAAAGGAAAGCUUCUUACUCUUCUCGCCUGCACGCGCGCUCAGUUCAUUCAAAAUGAAACACAAUGAGGAAACAAAUAGACGCGCAGGCGGCGGCGGCGGCGGCGGCAAUAGAAAGCUGAGGCACAGUUGUGUCGGUGUGUCUGUAUAGGCGUGUAAGGUGAAACUAAUUUAGUUAGCAAUGCAAUUGUGCAAAAUUGUGUUACACGCUAAUUUCGAGACUAAUUAGGUAGCGGGCACGUUAGCAGCAAUAGCGGCGAAGCAAAAAGAAAAUAAUUCAAACAAAUCAAGCUCAGCGACAGGUUUGCUUACAAGCGCGCAGAGAGCACAUUACACACAUUAAUCGAUUUAAAAAAGAAAAAAAAAACGAAAAUUACAUUUACUGUGUCUCUCUUUCUCUUGUUCACACACACACACCCACAAAAGCCCCGCAUCACACACCACAAACAAACAACACACGCCGCAGAGGACAGAAUUGAUCGUUUUUCGAGUUGUGAAAGUUUUUAUUCUAGCAAUAUAGAUUAAACGUCGCAAAAACGUUUUUAAUGGCGUUUAUAUGCGUGUGUCUGUGUGUGUGUGUGAGAGAGUGUGGGGUGUGCGUGCGUGUGUUAGAACCCCUAUUUCACAUGACUAGUAAGUUUAAUUUGUGUUUCAUUGUUUCAUGAAAUGAAAUGAUAGACAGUAAGAAAGUUAAGGAACGAAAACAAACCAACACGCAACCGAAAUCAGGAAGCCGUGCAAAAGCUGGAAGCUCUCUCCCCCAAGCGAAAAAAAAAGAAGUGGAAGAAGGUGGGCGGAAGGGAGUGACCCACACCCAAUUUACCCCAAUACAUGCGUUGGAUGAAUUUAAUGAGGUUUAAAUAAAAGCACAAAAACAACUUACAAAACAAAGAGAAAACAUUAAUACAAAACAAAAACCA